CAAGUUCUCAAAGAACAUCAUCUCACUAGCGAGAGGGACGAUAAAAGAUUGAGAAUUGUUUGUCUUAUCGGGUAUCAUCCCACCUCUGAUUGAAAAAAAUCUAAAUGUUAAAAGUUGUGCCGGCUUUGCGUAAUAUUGCCUGAGUGGUAACAAUAGACAGGCAGCAAAAGCUAUAACCUAGGCUACUUCGUGCAUAUGUCUUAUAUUGUACAACUGUUAGGGGGGCUGAACAUUAUUGUGCAAACAUAGCCUAAUUUAAAUAAUUGAGAUUGUAUUCAUUGAGUGGUCAGUUAGGGUCCCUCAUAAACUUGACUGCCUUCGCUUAUUUCAAUCACGCAAGAUCUCUAAUGGCGUUGUCCGGGGGAGGGUAUUGCGUAUAUCUGUCUUUCUAUCUAUACAGGCUUUUGUGAAAAUCGCGGCUGGUUGUUGUUUGUCCUGACUGUAGAGCCACCAAGGUGUUACAGACUAUAAGCACGCGGAGAUUGCAAAGGGUUAUUAGAUUGAUAAGUCACCGAAGUGGUGGGCGAUCUACUGAGCACAGCAGAAGUUCUCAUAUGAUGACUUCAAACAAGACACAUUACCUACCAGCAUCUGUUGGAGUGAGUGGAUAUUAAGACACUUCUAUCUCCAGGACAGCGUUGAGGAAAAUGUUCCACCAGGUUAGAAGAGUGAUGACCAUCCUGUUCCUUACUAUGGUUAUUUCGUACUUCAGUUGCAUGAGAGCUGCUCCCAUGAGAGACGCCCCAGGUAUAAGGGGCCACCGAACGGAAGGCUACUUGGGUGCUGCAGUGACUGCCGGCCAGGGCCACGGGACUCCACAGAGCGGGGGUGGGCCGGGCCAGCAUGGGGGACUGCCCUCGCUCACAGACACAUUUGAGCAGGUGAUUGAGGAGCUCUUGGAGGUGGAAGGAGAAGCAUCUCAGCUGGGGCCUGGAGCUGACAAGGGCCAGGGAGGAGGGGGUCCUUCCUCUGUGGUCACCACGGAGACCAAGGAUGUCGACCUGUAUGCAUCGCGGGUGAUGAUCAGCAACCAAGUGCCUUUAGAGCCACCUCUGCUUUUUCUCCUGGAGGAAUACAAAAACUACCUGGACGCCGCUAACAUGUCCAUGAGGGUACGACGGCAUUCUGACCCGUCGCGGCGUGGCGAGCUGAGUGUGUGUGAUAGUAUUAGCCAGUGGGUGACAGCUGUGGACAAAAAGACAGCAAUAGACAUGUCUGGGCAGACCGUUACCGUCCUGGAAAAGGUCCCUGUCCCCAAUGGCCAACUGAAGCAAUACUUUUAUGAGACCAAAUGUAACCCUAUGGGGUACACAAAGGAGGGCUGCCGUGGAAUAGACAAGAGGCAUUAUAACUCCCAAUGCAGGACAACCCAGUCCUACGUGCGAGCGCUCACCAUGGAUAGCAAAAAGAAGAUUGGCUGGCGGUUUAUAAGGAUAGACACAUCAUGUGUAUGCACAUUGACCAUUAAAAGAGGAAGAUAGUGUAUAUAAUGUAUAGAUUUUAUUGAGAGUUUAAAAAAGAGAGUAAA